UCAAUCACCCAGGGUUUCUGACGAGGUAGCUAGCGUUCGCAUUACGUGGGUGCACUCGGUUUACUCCGUAUUGAAACAGAUCUGAGCCGUCAAACCAUGUCAUGAAAAUAAUACAUUUCUUACCGCGUACCUGUGACGUUAUUCAGUGGUUGCUUUUAGCUGCUUUUGCGAUGUUGGGCACGGUGGUGGUACACUGUAAAUUGCAUGUACUGUAAUCCACAUUCCUAUAUACCAACCGCCGAUAAACCCCACUGAAGAAGACACAUUCCUAGACAUCACAAUAGCGCUGGAGUCAGUGUAGAUUUAUCGAGUGCACCCAAAGGGUUUGUGAUGAGGCGGGAAAUGGCGUCCAAAGAGCCCGUCGAUGGUCUGUGGUUCUAAACACAGCUGGCAGCGAUAACGACGGCCAGACCUCUCUCUCGGUGGCCGCCCCGUUGCGGCUACCAGUGUGGACAGGCAAGCGGCAAGUUUGGUUACGAAUUUCUUGGACCAUCGUCUUCCAUGUAACGUGUAGGAUGAUGAGGCUGAGAGUGCGGAAAGCUUCUCAGCAGCCCAGCGCUAAACCGAAACCUGGUCCCAAAUCCAGCCCCGGCCGUCAAGCCCAAACCUCACCCCCACGCCCAGCCCAGGCCAAGAGGAAACACUGUGAGGUGGAGCCCACUGCCCCGACCAGGAGAGGCCUCAGAAUGCAGAAGAAUGAGACGGGCCUGUUUUCCACCAUCAAGAAGUUCAUCAGGGGAAAUGCUGUCAAGGUGGAGCAUGACAUCCCAGCGAAGAGGAGUCGUAUUGAUUGUAAAGUGGACAGCAGCAACCUGAUCACGUCUUCUCCUCACCCUCCCAACAAAGCCAUCCCCAGGGGCUGCCGGAGAGGAGCUAACAUACCUGAUCCAAUGACGUUGAACAGUAAGCCCAAUGGUAAACUGGAGGUCCCCGGGGAGGAAGCCAGCAGUCCGCCUCGCACUACUCUCCUUGGGACCAUCUUCUCGCCAGUCUUCAACUUCUUCUCACCUGCAACUAAGACGGCCACUCUUGGGUCUGACUCACCUGGGCUGGAGGCUGAGGAGAUUGUGAAGCAGCUGGAGGUGGAGGCAGUGGAGGAGAUGCCCACCUGUACCCCCACAUCUGCGGAAGGCAUCGUCCUGUCCCCUGUUGCCCUAGCUCCAACAGUACCACCACCACCGGCUCCUCUGGCUGCCCCAGAACCAGCCGUCGAGGAAGGGGAGAUGGUUACAGAAACAGAUAUGCCCCCUCUAUCAGCUCCAGGAUGCACCCCGGUUAGCUGUUACCCCCACGCCCCUCCCACGGCCCCUGCAGACGGCACCUACGAGGAGGACUGGGAAGUCUUUGAUCCGUACUUCUUCAUCAAGCACGUGCCUCCGUUGACGGAGGAGCAGAUAUCCAGGAAACCAGCACUGCCUCUAAAGACACGCAGCACACCCGAGUUCUCCCUGGUCCUAGAUCUGGACGAGACGUUGGUGCACUGUAGUCUGAACGAGUUGCAGGACGCAGCCCUGACCUUCCCAGUGCUGUUCCAAGACGUCAUCUACCAGGUGUAUGUGCGGUUGAGGCCGUUCUUCAGAGAGUUCCUGGAGCGCAUGUCUCAGAUUUACGAGAUCAUUCUGUUCACUGCCUCUAAGAAGGUGUAUGCAGACAAGCUGCUGAACAUCCUGGACCCAAAGAAACAGUUGGUCAGGCAUCGGUUGUUUCGGGAGCACUGUGUAUGUGUUCAAGGAAACUACAUCAAGGACCUGAACAUUCUUGGAAGGGAUCUUUCGAAAACCAUAAUAAUCGACAAUUCACCUCAAGCCUUCGCCUAUCAGCUUUCCAAUGGGAUUCCCAUCGAGAGCUGGUUCAUGGACAGGAAUGAUAACGAGCUCCUCAAGCUGGUGCCUUUCCUGGAGAAGCUGGUGGAGAUGAAUGAGGACGUAAGGCCUUACGUCAGAGAGCGGUUUCGUCUUCACGACCUCCUUCCUCCAGACUGAUCUGUGAUUGGCUGACCCAGCAGGCUAACCCAUAGAAAUAUAUAAUGUAUAUUUACAUUAGAAUAUUCAUUCCAAUUCUGUGGGCUAGCCCUCCAGUAAAUGGAGAGGGAUGCCUUCCCUUCAACACGGUGGAGAUGAGGAGAAUCAAGUUCAAUUGACUCUAAUGGGGAUGCUGUUCAAAUGGAUCUCUGUCUACAACUAUAGCAUUUUCAUUACCGAUGACAUUUUUUAUGAAAAUACCAACAAAACACCGUUACAGAGGACUUUUUUUUUUACAGAAAACAACAAAACAAAACACCAACCUCUAUAAUUCCUGAAGCUAUGUACAGUUUUGAGUUUAUGUUUUGUAUACUCAAACUAAACUGUUAUACUCAAACUAAACUGUACCCCCAGAGUAGAGUAGUCCCCUUGUAUUGUAAAAGGCUUCUUCCUGGACGGACCUCUCGUUUAUUCUUGAAAGCAGGGCCCGUGUUUGUUAGGGCAUAAACGUCCACGUAGAACCUCUCCAAGUCGGACCGUUUUUUUCUUCUGUUUGGUGCCUAAUGAACAAGACCAUGGCGACUUUCUGGGAGAUGUUUCUCAUCUGCAGCGACAGUUUUGGACUGACUGAACUGAAUGUCAUGCUGUAUUUUGAGUGAGGACCUGACUGCUCCAGACUUAUUUUAACAGGAACGGGCAGUCAAACCUGUAUAGUAUACACUCGGUUACAUGUAUAUACGACAUGUGUAUAUUUUUUUCUUCAAGGUUUUUAAAAACUUUUUUCAUUGUGCUUCUGAUUUUAGCAUUCCUCUUUGCCCUUUUUUUUUUUUUUUUUUUUUUAAACAAGUUGGUGUUACAGAUCUUCUGUUGUCUGCCUGAAAAUGUUGCAUCCCAAAUGGCAACCUUUUCCCUAUAUAGUGCACUAUGAUUGACCAGAGCCUUAUGGGCACUAGGAAGAGAAUAGGGUACCAUUUGGGACACGUUCUGCUUUUUAGACCCAUUAACUGCAGUUAUGUGGUCUCUAACAAGGUGCGGUUUAAAAAAAAAAAUGUAUCUUUUGGGAGGAAAUGUUUAUGAAAUCAUGAUGUGUAUAGGUUGUAAUAUUAAUGUAGUAAUAAGGUUUCACUUGAAGACCUUUUCAACAAGCCAUAAAGAUGGCCCAGAUAUUAACUUAGAACAUUUAUGAGAUUUCACCCCUUUUUAAAGAUGUUGUUUAAAAGACCCUUAAACUGCUCUGUUUUGGGGUGUGGUGAUGAUGGGUUUAGGGGAGGGAAGGGAGGGAAGGAGGGCUUCGGAUCUCCUGCACUUUUUGUUAAAAAAACAAUACCUUUUACAUCCAGCCCUAUGUAAAAUCCUUUUUGUACACAAGUUAUCACCUCAAUUGUUAUGUCCGGACUAUUUUGAAAUCAUAGCACCAGCAAAAUGGCCAACAUUGUUUUAUCUUUAAAUCUUGUUUUCAAUGCUGUUCUUAGUCUUGUGUGUGGAAUCUCUUAUGUACGAGUCUCCGUUUGGCCGAUAAGACUCCAUGUUGUCAUUGACCCUCUUGUCACUCCUGUUGUACUCAGUGUUACUCCAUGGUUUCCUUGAUCAUAAAUACAUUUUUAUACAA